GAAAGUGCUGAUAGUCAUCUCGAUGGCAAAGUUACGUCGUCGAAUGCCAUGCUUCGAACGGCCACAUGAAAAUUGUCUCUUCUCAUCUAUCCAACUGGUACUAUCCAACUAUCCAUCAGUCUGCAAUCACAUUUCAGGGGUUGAAGCUAAUGAUAGUAGGACAUCACGAUCAUCGCCACGCUUUUGGAUGGAAAGGAAGAUGGCUGGUAAUCACUCCUUGGCAGUGCAACUAAUCAGAACGCGUGCGCGCAGCGUCACAUCACGUGUGUCUCGUUCCUCUCCGUCCUUUCAGUGCUCGAUCGAAAAUGGGUGUGCCGGGUCUAUGGAAGGAACUUGAGCCUGCAGGAAAAGUGCGCUCCCUGACGGAAGUAGCUGUGGUCGAAGGCUUCGAGAACAACUCCAACGGAUUGCGCGGAUUCAGAAUUGGGAUAGACGCCAGUAUCUGGUUCUUCCACGCUGCGUAUGGGAAGGAGGGAGAGAACCCGGAACUCCGGACUAUGUUCUUCCGCUGCGCCACGCUCAUGCAUGCGCCAUUCCUCCCGCUGUUCGUAUUCGACGGACCACUGCGCCCUGGGCAGAAGAGAGGAAAGAGUAUCAAUCGACAGAGUCAUAAGCUUACGACGGGGAUGAAGGAGAUCGUCGAGUCGUUUGGGUAUGAGUGGCGGGUGGCGCCUGGAGAAGCCGAGGCCGAAUUGGCAUACCUCAACCGCAUCGGUGUGAUAGACGGCAUCCUUUCAGAUGACGUCGACAACUUCUUGUUCGGUGCCACUACCGUCAUACGCAACUCCAGCAAUAAUCUCUCUGGAAAUCGUUCAAACCCGGUUCUCAACUCAGAUGGCCGGGACGACAAGAACCAUUCGCGCGUCUUCCGCAUUGAGGAUAUCACGGACAAAACGGGCUUGACGCGGGGGGACAUGAUCCUUAUCGGGCUGUGCAGUGGCGGAGACUAUGACACGAGCGGGAUGACUGGAUGUGGGCCAGGUAUCGCGCGGGGACUCGUCAAGUAUGGGUUUGGCCGGUCCCUAUACGAUGCUGCGAAGAAUCUCUCGCGCGAGAACCUUCCUGCGUUCCUUGCUAACUGGAGGAAUCAAAUGCGGCACGAGCUUGCGACAGACUCUCAAGGUUUCUUGGGCUCGAAGCGGAAAAAGCUAGCGAGCCAGAUACCCGACGCGUUUCCGGAUAUCGAUAUUCUCUUGUCCUACGUCAACCCGUUGACGUCUGAAUCUAUGGGGCGAGCCAGUGACAAUCUCGAUCUCACGUGGCGGAAGGAGCCAGACCUAGGAAAGCUCGCGGCCACUUGCGAGUUCUACUUCGAAUGGGGGUACCGCGACGCCAUAGUCAAGCGCUUCAAAACGGUCAUCUGGCACGGCGCUGUCAUGCGCAUCCUGCGAAGAGCUGUUUUGGAUCUCGAGGAGAAAAGGCUCGCUGCGCCGACGACACCAAGGAAGAAUGCAAAACCGCCCGUGGAAGGAACGCCGUCCAAAUUGAUCACCAGGCAUUUCUCGUCGAUGAAUAUUGACUCAGACGACAGUGACGCUGACGACGACGAGCAGCUCAUGUCCAAGAUCACCCGCGCGCGUAACCAUGCUUCGACAGACGGGAUCUUAGAGUAUCGAGUGGAGGUUCGACCGGGCCAGCUCGUACGACUGGCCGAGUCUGGAAUCAAGAACACGCGCCGACCGCUCGAUGUCGACCCGUGGGCCGGCAUGACUGAAUCAGGGAACGAGGCAGAUGCAGACGACGUAGAUGUGAUCACACCUGAGCAGAGACGCGCGCAAGAGCAGAAGGAGAUCUUGCUGUGGAUACCGGCGAGCAUGAUGCAGCUGGCUGAGCCCCGGCUUGUGCGUGAGUUUGAGGACAAGGAAGAGGCGAAACGGGCGAAGAAAGCGAAAAAAGGUACUGGGACGAGAUCUGCCGCUCCGAAGGCUAGGAGUCCGAAGGCUAAGAGGAUUGUCAAGAAAGCCAAACCCGUCGUGGAAGAAGAUACGGAGGAGGAGGUUCCGAGGAUAGUGAUCAAGAAACAAGUCAAGGCUAUCCCGGAAGAGGAAGAGGAGUCAGGGCCGAGCACUCCGUCCAAACCCAAGACGGCCCCGAAAGCCAAAAUGACUUUGCCCUCGGACUCGGAAGACUCGGAAGACGACCAGUUGCCUGUUUUCAGCAAACCAAUGCCCGCCAAGAAGAUCAUCAAGACCGGCGACGACCCAUUCUUACAGUCGGCGCCUCUACGAGUCGUGCGAGAUUUGACUAGAGGCAAAUCACAAGCGCGGAUGAACGACUUUAUGCCGCUCGCACAUGCUCGGGCUCGCUCCAAAGCAACGGCGAGUGCUCCUGUACGGUCCCUGUCAGCUGUCCUGGGGGUGAGUAACCGUCUUGACGCCGUCUCCGCCCCACGUACGAGUGGAUCGUCGGAUCCAACGAGUCAACCUAGUGUUCCCGCAAAGACGGCACGGCUGUUCCCGUUAGCGGGCCAGGAUCGGUCACGUGCGCGCCAGCGGUCCAACUCGUCCGAUUCGGACUCGCGUCUGUCGACGAAAGUGCUCAAAUCUCCACGGAAGGCAAAAGAACACACAUCGCCAAGGAAGGGUCCGACUGCCUCUCGGGCUGCUUCGCCGACGCCAGGUGCAAGACGGCCCCUAGUCAAGCCCGCUGUGAUCGACAUUUCUAGCGACUCGGAGGAUGAGCCUAGGCCUCGUCUCCCAGCGAAGGAGAUUAUAGAUCUUAGUGAUUUAUGA